UUGGCCUCACACGUACUCACGUCUGCACUCCGGCGAGCCUAUAAAACCACGCCGGCGACGCCAUUGUAGCAACAGCCACCGUACCCUUCACAGUCCACACUUGACAAUCUGCUCUGUUUCUACUCGAGCUAGUGACUGAUCGGUAUUCGGUAGCUAGCUAGCAAUGGCGGCGCGGGGAAUUGCAGGCGGCAACAUGGCGGUGGUGGUGGGCGUGCUGCUCGUCUGCGCGUUCCUCCACGCGGGGGUGGCGGAGUCGGCGGAGUUCACCGUCGGCGACGGCGGCGGCUGGUCCGUCAGCGCCGGCUCCUGGCCCAACGGCAAGCGCUUCAAGGGCCGCGACGUCCUUGUGUUCAAUUACGACCCGACGGCGCACGACGUGGUGGCCGUGUCGGCGGAGGGGUACCGGGCGUGCGCCGCGCCGAGCGGCGCCAAGGUGUAUAAGUCCGGGGCCGACCGCGUCACGCUCGCCCUCGGCCCGAACUACUUCAUCUCCAGCGUCCCCGGCGACUGCCAGGCCGGGAUGAAGAUCACCGUCACCGCCGCCAAGCAGGGCCGCAUCGGCGGAGCGUCCUAAUUCAGUCUACAAUAUACCAAGUUCUCGGCCCAUGUGUUGAUUAUUAUGGUAAAGGUGUACUGUGCUGUUUUAUUUCCACUACGUAUGUGUAAUGGUUUUGUACUCGUAUACAAUAAGCGAGCAAAAGGCAUGUGCCGAUUAUCAUUUUGAUCUGCCAUCA